UCUUGUCUGAGCUGCUCAAUGGCCAACCUGCAGCAGAUGCAUGCGCAGGCAACAGCCGUUCUGUUUGGGAUGCCCAAGCCGCUGGAGGUCGACGCACUGUACACGGCACUCACUCGAUCCAUCAACAACAUUAUUCAAGCGGCCAGUCGCGCGUUGCUGCCAACCACAGCCAUGUUCCAGCAGGACGAGAGCCAGCUAGCUACAAGCUUUCUCGAGUUCGAGGCAUUAUGCGACGACAUUUAUCAUCGAUUGGCUGUGACUCGUGCUGGAAUAGCGGCAAGCCCAGGAUCUGCAUUGCUGCCGCAAGUCCCAGCACAAAAAGAGCUCGCACAGACUGACUCUGCCGAAUUACACGCCCAAACUGCGCGCGCGCACGUCGAGUCUCACAGUGCCUUCCUAAGUCAGAUACAAUCACAGUAUGACAGUGCUAUCGAAGCGCUGCGAUUGCUGGACAAGUUGCCGAGCAGCGAGACGACGGGUCCAACGUCCAUGACGAAUUAGAGUUGCAGAAUGUUUUGUUGUUUUGUUUUUGUUUUUGCUCGCUUGCGCAAACAUUCAUCUGAACCGAGUUCGUGUAUGUAUGGAUUGAUUCAUUUAUUCUCUAAAAGUACAACAACACCAAACUGAAA